CUGACAGAGCGAGGCGCGCUUUCUUCUUCCUCUAUUUACUCUCUUCCUCUCUAAGUAAACCAACUUUCUCUCUUCGAUCGUGUCCACACACACACACACACACACACUGCGCGAUUCCUUGUGGACGGCAGCACCGGAUCAUGGAGAACGCGAGUCACUUCGACAUAGAGUUGGAUGGACUGUUUUUGGAAAACAGCAGUUAUGAUUAUGGUGACUACACUAAUUAUGAAGAAGACUUGCACAUAUUGUCAGUUUUCAUCCCGGUCCUCUACUCCCUGGCCUUGAUCGUGGGCCUGCUGGGGAAUGGACUGCUGUUGGUGGUUCUGUACAAGCUCCUCUGCCCCUGGAGUGUGACCCACACCUUCAUCCUGCACCUGUUGGUGGCCAACACCUUGCUCCUGCUCACUCUGCCCUUCUGGGCGGCAGAGGCUGCCCAGGGCUGGAGCUUCGGAUCCCCGCUCUGCAUGCUGAUGGGAGCCAUUUUCAAGAUCGUCUUCUGCUGUGGGAACUUUCUGUUGGCCUGCAUGAGUGUGGACCAAUACCUCUCCAUUGUCCACAAUGUCCAGAUGUACUCAAAGUUGAAUCCCUGGAAGGUGCAGGUCAACUUUCUGCUCGUAUGGUUGGUCUGCCUCCUACUCUGCAUCCCUGACUGGAUCCCCACGAAAUACCAGGAAACUGGGUUAAAAGGCAUAGUGAAGUUCUGCCACAACCCUGUGCAGUUAUCAGCCAGUGCUUAUGCCUCACGCUGGCUCUACCACGUUGUGGGAUUCAUCAUCCCCUCCAUUGUCAUUGUGUUCUGCUUCUCCUGCGCCCUACUGCGGCUGCCCGGCAGCUCACCGAGAAUUCGGAAGCAAGGGUCCAUGCGGGCGAUCCUGGUGCUGGUGUUGGCCUUCUUCAUCUGCUGGACGCCAUACAACAUCAUCUUGAUCGUGGACACUGCGUCCGUCCGAAAAGGCUCGUCUCUCGAUACGCCUCUGAUAGUAACCGCUGCUUUGGGUUGCCUGCACAGUUCAGUGAACCCUGUGUUAUGCAUCUGCUUUUUUCAAGACUUCCGGUGCCAUGUGCUUCACAUGCUGAGGCUGCGCGGUGAGGAGCCACCUAACGGAAACCUACCGCCAUGCAAUGACCGUGAGAAUUUGUCUGAGGAAAACGGUCGAAUGUGUCCACAGGAAAGUACCGAACAAACUCAAUGUUAACGAUGGUGAGAGGAAGGCAAAGUAAUAACAGGUCAUUUAUCGCGGGGGUGUCCGGCAGUGCUCUACGAGGUCAGCGGGGAUUGGAGCUUUUCAGUGCCUUCAGAUAUUUGGUUGGACUUGUUCCGUGGAUAGAAGUUAAUAUUUUGUGCCUACCAGCAAAUUAUUCACACCUUAAAAUCCAGAUCAUGACUCAGUGGUGCAGCAGACAGGGUGGCGAUUAAGGACAGCGACAUUUAACCCGAAAGUAACGGGUUGGCAGCAGUUGUCCUACCACUGAGAAAGGCACCCCAAGUUGUUCCAGUAAAUACCUGGAAGUACAUAUGGUUCAAUAGUCUGAGUGGCUUUUGAUGGAAGUGUUACCAAGUAACUAAUUAUUAAGUGCUGGAGCUCAGCAGUUUUAGAAACCAGUAAUUUAAUUGUUUUUUUUCCCACUUAGGUAGGUUUACUCAUUAGUAAAUGAGUAUUUUAAUUCGCUCAUAGCUCAUAGGAAAAUUAUGUUGCUUAGACCUGUAAGAAACCUGCAACAUCCUUGCAUCCAGGCUUGUAUUUGUGUCCCUUCUUGCCCUCUCUAUCAGCGCGUGUGUGUUUGUGUGUGUGUGUUUGUGUGCCUGCAAAAAUGGCUCCAUCUAUGUCCGCAUUUGCAUCUGGAUUCAAGCCGGCAUCAUUGUCUUUUUUUGGGUGUUUAGUAAAGAGCAACUGAAAAAGGCUGGCAAACAUUUACUGUGUAAAAGCUUGGUCAUUCUUUAUGUAACUGUGUCAUACCACAUGUUUAUAAUUUUUUUUUUAAUCUCAGACAUGCAUGUUGUUGAACAUAUAACUGUUAGACAAUUAAGUGGUGUUAUAACUUUUUUUCAUGCUAUCUUAAAUGCCACGGUUUGUCAGUAUUAUGUUGAACUAUGCAAAUCACCUCGGACUGAUGCAAGGGUUCGAAACCUGUGGCUUUCCCUCCUAAGGGAAGAUGCAAAGGGGAUACAGGGGAGGUGAGAGGUGCC